CUUUAACCAACAGGCUUUUGAAGGUCGCUUUGUCAAACGACAGGUAUCGAAAAUUGUUCAAGAAUGUCAUCACCUACCAAUGGAAUACUUAACGGAAAUGUUGAUGUAGAAAAAAGAGAUCCAUCGGAGAUUAAACCCGUUAUUCCACAGUCUUUUAUCAAGGACAUUGUGCAUCGCCUUUAUGGAAUGGAAAUCAUAGAUUUCAUAGAAUUGAACAGUUACGAUGACAGGAAUUAUCAUAUACAUGUAGACACAGACAUAAGCAAUACAUAUAUCGAGGCUAUACACCCAUCAGGCUAUGUACUGAAAGUACUUAACUCUGGUGAUUCCAAAGACCCAGCUAUAAUAGAAGCCCAACAUCAACUAUUUCAUCAUUUGCAUAGAAAAGGUCUGCCUGUACAAGAACCAGUGCGCAACAUUCACGGACAAACAUGCGCAGUAGAAAUGGUACCAGAUGAAAAGAAUCCAGAUCGUACAUACGGUCCAUACGUUUUCCACAUGUUAAACUACAUUGAAGGAGAUGUCGUUUGUAAGAAACCAUACUUACCUACUACUCUAUACAAUAUAGGUGUUUUUGCUGGAAAGAUGCACAACGCUCUACAGGGAUUUGAAAACAAGUACUUCAGGAACAAAUCCAGAGGCUUUAUUUGGAGUCUUACAGAAAUGACGGGACUGUUGGAAUACACUUUUGCCGUAAAGGAUAAAGAUAAUCUUGAUCUUGUUAAUAAAGUGAUCGAAACCUUUCAAGAAGAAGUAAAACCUAACUAUACAAAAAUAACAGAAGGGUAUAUUCACGGAGACAUAAAUGAACAAAAUAUACUUGUGAGAGAAAUUACAGAAAAACAGAAGACAACAAGCGGUGAAAGUUGUCCAUGUGACGUCACUGCAUUUAUUGAUUUUGCUGAUGCGACAUAUUCCUAUAGAGUUUUCGACGUUGCCAUUAUGGUUGCCUAUUUGUCCAUCGAUUGCAAAGAAUUCGACCAGUUAGACGUUGGUGGUCACGUGCUUGCAGGAUAUUUUACCGAAUUGAAAUUAAAUGCUGAAGAAAUGGAUGUGAUGAGAAUCUGUAUAUGCUGCAGACUAGUUCAAUCAUUGGUUAUGGGAGCAUACAGUUAUCAUAUGACGCCAAGUAAUACUUAUGUUCUUCAGACAGCAAAACGAGGCUGGCCAUUGCUUUGGAAAUUCUGGAAAACUCCCAAAAUUGACCUUCUAAACAGAUGGGAUGAAAUAAUUAAUGAUUAUAAAAAUAGCAAAUAAAUAGAUUUUUCCUUUUCGA